AUGGAUCCAUCACGUCCAGGGAGCAAUUUGCCUGCUCGCCCUUCAGGCUCCCCAGCACCAGCCGCAUCUGCAAGACCAAAGGUCCAACAACCGAAACCUCAAGCCCUUGCCAACCGCCCUGGACCUUCGGCGAUUCUCGUGUCCACGCGGCAAAAAGGCAACCCGAUCCUAUCUCACAUCAAGCUUCUGCCGUGGGAAUAUGCCGAUAUCCCUGCGGACUAUGUCGUCGGCGCCACGACAUGCGCAAUGUUCCUCUCAUUAAAAUACCACCGCCUACACCCCGAAUACAUCUACUCCCGAGUAAAGCAGCUGGCCGGCAAAUACAACCUCCGCCUUGUCCUGGUGAUGGUUGACAUUCAGAAUCACGAAGACAGUCUCAGGGAGCUGUCCAAAACAUCCAUCAUCAACAACUUGACGUUAGUACUGUGCUGGUCUGCACCAGAAGCAGCACACUAUCUCGAACUUUUCAAGUCUUCGGAGAACGCUCAACCCACCGCCAUCCGGACGCAACAAGCCCAGUCGUAUAAAGAGUCAUUGGUGGAGUUUGUCACUGUCCCACGCAGCAUCAACAAGUCCGAUGCUGCCAGUUUGAUCUCGACCUUUGGCAGCUUGCAAAACGCCAUCAAUGCACAGCCAGAACAAAUCAGCGCGGUGCCGGGCUGGGGAGAGAAAAAGGUCCAGCAAUGGUGCAGUGCAGUUCGGGAAGACUUCAGAGUCGAGAAAGCAAAGAAGUCCUCUGCUCGUCCCGCACAACGUCGGGCUCAAUUGCCGCCUGUGGAUGUUGAUGACAACCCGGAUCAGAAUAUGGACGAGGAGGAUGAAGAGGAAGCCAUUCUCCGUGCAGUUCUCGCAGAGAGUCGGAAAACAGCAGCUUCGGAAGCUGCGCAGACUAGUGAGCCGCAGACUGGGACUCGCCAGCCUGAAGAGUUGAGUGAAGGUAUUGCCGCUGCACUCGCGAGGCUCAGAGAGAACGGUGGCUGA